CGCCACAUCUGAAGCACGCGGCCUUCUGACCGGGAAACCCCAUAAACAAGCGUCCUCGCUGCAGGUUGCUUCUCUUCCAAGACCUGCCUCUCUCCUUGCGAUCCUCCCAGUGAUUCCGCAGUGUUUCCCAGUCUCGGUACUCAGCUGGUAACCUGGACGCUGAAUCACUUGCCUCCCGGCAACACUGCCCGAGUCUGCACAAUUCCUUGUCAAGCUAGGCCAAUUUACAUCAUCGAUUUGGAUAAGGACUGGUCAAAAUGGCGGCGAGGCCUGCUACACCGGCAUCGCCCAAGACGAACUACAAAGUCAAGGCUCCGCAGCCUGGGCAGCCCAUGUACGGCUGCGAACACCUACAGAGGCUUUUCAACCAGGACCAGGCGACGACGAACACGUCGAUUCAGCAUUACAAGGCGAUCCUACGGAGCAUAUAUGACACCACCCCUCUCCUCUCGCAGACAGCCAAGGGCAUUGACGGCCAGAUCGUCACCUCGCUCACUCCUACAUACCUUUGUCUUCAAUGCCCCUCGACCCUAACCGAAGACGACCGGACGAAGCAUGGGAGCAAGAAAUCACACAGAUUUUACGUCGACUCUCGGAGCGGUGCUUUGUACUGCCAAAUGUGCGAUGACAUUGUCUGGGAUCCGACGUUCGAAGAGCUCAGGUUAAAGAAGAUCGGGACAGCUCGGAAACGGAAACACGAGGAGUUGUUCGAGGCUUCAGAUCCCGUGAGAGACAACCCCACUUACAUCUCUUCCAAUACCACGGCGGCCUCGUGCAAAGCUAAUGGCUUGCGCGGUAUCUACAACGCCGGCGCCACUUGCUACCAAAAUGUCGUCCUCCAGAGCUUCCUCCACAACCCGAUCCUGCGCAAUUUCUACCUCAGCGACGGGCACUCGAGCAGCAACUGCGACACGCCGCAUUGCCUGAGCUGCGCUAUGGAUGACAUGUUCCAGGACUUUUACGCGCUCGAGAACACCAACGGGUACACGGCCGCCAACAUCCUGUCCGGGUUCUGGAUCAGCGAGAAGAAGGCGUUUGAGAACUUGGUCACGACCAAGGAGCAGGACGCGCACGAGUUCUUCCAGUUCCUGGCCGAGGAGCUGCACGAGCGCAACGGCGACGGCAAGAAGCCCGAGACGGGCAGCGAGCACAGCUGCAACUGCAUCAUCCACCAGACCUUCUACGGCAAGCUGCAGAGCAACACGACGUGCCAGAACUGUGGCGGCGUGACGAACCAGGUGCAAAGCUUCCUGGACCUCAGCCUGCCGCUCGAGAACCUGUCGCAGAGGAAGAGCAAGAAGGGCACGGCGAGGCCCGGCGGCAUGCUGACUCUGCAAGAGUGCCUCGACGAGGAGUACGUCAAGUCGGACAAGUGCGAGUACCGCUGCCACAACUGCGGCUCGAUGCAGCAGGCACGGCGGCAGACGUCUAUCAAGCGGUUGCCAAACGUGCUGUCCAUCCAGCUCAAGAGGUUCGAGUACAAGCAGGGCCGCAACGAGCGCGCAGCAAAGAUCGACACGCCCGUGCAGUUUCCGCUGCAGCUCAACAUGCUCCCCUACACGAACCGCGCCCGCGGCCAGGACGUCAGGGAAAACUACGAGCUGGCCCGCUCGUGCACCUACGACCUACUCAGCGUAGUCGUGCACGUGGGUGAGAUCGACACCGGGCAUUACGUGUCGUAUUGCAGGGUCGGUGAUCAGUGGUUUGCAUUCAACGAUCACAAAGUGGAGCUGGCGCAGAAAUCGGAUGUGCUCAACUCACGGGCAUAUCUAUUAUUUUACGUAGUAAGGUCGCUGUCCUGAGGGAUGGGCGGACGAGUCGGGCGACACGGCGUUUUCUGGCGCGGUGACUUGCAUGAUCAGCUUGCUACUCAUUAUAAAAUGCUGGUCUGAAUUCGAAAUACCAUAGGCGGUCGUCGUGAUGGAAUGGGAUCAUCAUGGUUUGAUCAAGGGUGCUGUCUUGAGGACGGGUUUGGCGUGGAAAGGCACGUGAAUUAUUGGCUUAAACAAACGAGCUAGGGCUUGAUUGCGGUUAUGCUAUGCAUCAAUCGAGCUCGGAAACCUGAUCCGUUCUGAUAAGCAUCCCAAUAGUUAAGCGGAUCCCGACGCGAUCAGAAGCCUCAC